AUGCGACAGCGAAAGCUUCAAGGUGCUUUGACCAAGCUCUAUCUCGACCAUCGUGAUACCACCUGGGCACCUUUGCUUCUUUUCAUUUCCUUGGGAGUUGUAGUUAAUCUGCCCUUCCAGCGAUUUGGUGAGUUUGAACUUGUUUUCAAUUUGUACACCCCCCUGAGAUUUGGCAACCCUUUUACCCGUCCGAGACCGGAUACGGUACAAAUCAUUUCGCGGUCCUUAGGCGCCCAGGCCAAAGUCGCCCACUUUACUCUCUUGAUCGGACGAUUCCCACCCUUCCCAUCUUUGCCCUCUGAUUUGUCCAAUUUCAAGCCCAUCAUUCCUCACCCUGUUCCCACCUGCCCCUGCCUUUCCUUUCAGUAUCAGCCCAUCGUGCACUCCACCUUCGAGCGUCCCCAGCACCUGCAUGAUUGGUCUAUUCCUGGUACUGCUGCACUCUACCUUUUCCAUGGAGAACCUAGCGCUGCUUUUGCAGUUUUAUGGAAAUCACCUCUUGCUUUAAGGGUCUCCUCUGACUUCACCUACAACUUCCUGUUCCUAUAUUUUGCCUCACAAAUUCUUGUUUCUCUUGGCGACUUGACUAAGACAUUUCGCUUUUUCCGUUCAGUUCAGGCAAAAACAAUCAUCCGAGCUUAUCGCAAUCGUUUCAACUACCUCCAUUGUACACUCCUUAAGUGUACCGACAACCAUCACACACCUGUACCGGUCCCUUCUGACCUCCACAAUAUCGUACUUCCUUUCGCUCGGUCGUAG